AUAUCUGGAUGUUUUGUGUAAGAAAUAUGAAUUCUGAUUAUAUGGGUUCUGUGCUCAAUUUUAAGCUCAAUUUUACUAUAUAUUCAAGUCCAUUAUAUUUUUAGAAAGAGUUGACAACAUUUCAGAAGAAUGUAGAAUUUUUUUGUAUUGUUUUUGUAUCAGACAGGACUUAAAACAGUAUCAUGGUGCCGGUCAUUCUCGAGGAAAAUUCUUAGAACCAGAUUAAGUUGAAUUACACAUUAUGAAAUUCUCACUGGUUAAUUCUGUAAUCGUACAUAUAAUGCAACGUGCAUGCACAAAUGUGUUUUGCCUGCUAGGCAGAUGACAAGUUAGAUAAAACUGUGCAGUGACUUGAUUGUGAAAGGUUGGGAUGGCUCGGUGUGGUUCGGGGCAUUGACCUGUCUCCACCCCUCUGUCGAUCUGCGAUAUUUUAACCGGUACUGACAAUGUAAAAGUCCCUUUUAGCCUACUGCCAUGCGAUGGACCCAUGGUUUGAGAAUUUCAAGAUAUUACUAACCUACUGGUUGAUGUCUACAAACAGGGACAACGUGAAUAUCAACAUGGCUGACACAACGGUGAGCACACCUCCCUCGCAGCACUACACGGACCACCUCCAGCCACACCUCCCGAUGCCGCCGCCCCCACACCAGGGGCAUGGCCACAUGGGACCCAUGGGACCCUCUCAGACCAGCCUGUCCCGAGGGGUCGGGCCGUAUAGCAUGCCCCCAGCACCACUCAACACGCCAAUGCCUCAACCAACUCAGAGCACCAAUUGCCCAGUAAACAGAGAUCUGCCCCACCCUGGCUCAAUACCUGAGACAACGACAUCACAAUCCCAGGCCGUGUCUAGUACCUGCGACUCACAGACACAUGGUCUCAACUCGCCCCCCAAUGGGAUCCAUUCCCCUCAGCAACAUAAUCUGCCUGAAUCCACAACCAACCCUCCAGUGGACCGAAAUCACCUGUGUCCAACGUGUUCUAAGGGAUUUAAAAGUAAACAGCAGCUGGCUCAGCAUAGCUUGGUCCACUCAGGUAUCCGGAAGUAUAUCUGUUCCUACUGUGACAAGGCCUUCAAACAGCUGUGCCACUUACAGCAGCACACACGGAUACAUACAGGAGAAAAACCCUAUAAGUGCUCAUUUGAAGGUUGUGAUCGGGCUUUUGCACAAAUGGCAAAUCUUCAUCAUCACAUGCGUAAUCAUGAUGACCAUCUAAAGAAGGCAGCGACCAAACAGUACCAUUGUAUGAUAUGUCAUAGAGCUUAUACUAACGAGAGCAGUCUAAAAUCUCACACCCUUAAGAUGCAUGUACACAUCAAACCAUUAGAGCAAAGAAUCACGGGACUGCCUACGAAACCAAGAAAACCGCGACAGCCCAAGAUGAAGGACAGUACGUCACCUGUGAUGGCUAUUGAUCUCACCUGUGAUGAUGGCAGCGAUAGCAAAGUAGACAUUUUUAGUCGAGUUCAGAAUGACAGUAAAGUAGAUAUUUUCAGUCGUGUCCAAGCUCUACAGAGAAAUGACGACUAUUCUCGUAUCAAUUCUUUCCAAAGGGCCGAUUUUCAGAGAUCUGACAGCUUACACAGAGAUGAUUUCCGUAGAGCUGAUAACCUACAGAGAGCGGACAGUUUUCCGCGUAACGAAGCUUUACAAAGGGCAGAUAAUUUUCAAAGGGCAGAUAGCUUAUCACGAGAUUUACAGCGUGGAGACAGUCUCCAGCGUGAAUCGCUCCAUCGAUCAGACAGCUUACAAAGACUUGCUGGAUUAGACUCAUCCUUGCAGCUUCGGACCGAUAGUCGCCAACAGCAGCACACUUUAGGAAUGUCUGUGAAUUCCCCGAUAUCGCGGGUAAUACCAAAUGUACCAAGAUGUAUGACUUUAUCAGACCGGCUCACAGAUACACCAACAAAUAAGAAUCUGACAGCAUCAGAACUCCUUCAUCCGGAGACUUCGUCAACACGUUCAGACUUACAACAAAGUCUCCCUGCUCAUUCUAAUGUUGAUCCAGUCUCAUAUUAUCGGCCAUCACCCUAUAACCUCCCCCCUCACAUCUCUCAUGCUCACCUGCCCAUGCGUAUUCCGACAUCACUUCCGCCCUUUACCCAGAUGGGAAGUGGCCUGGAAUCUGUCGUGGCAUCAAGCAACGCUUCUGUGUUCUCCAACAUACAGGAAAUGAUGUCAUCACAACACUCUCUUUCAACAGCCAAUCAUAUGACAGUAAAUUCACCGACAGCUUCAUCACCACAGCGACUCACCAAUUGAUGUAGUUGAUCUAUUUUUGUUCUUUUGUUUCUUAUAAUACUUUAUAAAACAACCAUGUAUCAAAUUAAAUUUCUAACAGCUUUUCCCUUAGAUUUAAAAUGGAAAAUCAGAAAUGUCAUGAAAAAUAAAUAUUUCUUAUGAUUUCUCUAUAUUUAUGUUAAAAUUUCAUUUAUUUUCAGACCAGAAAUAUUUCAUUCCUAUCAAUACAUUAGUUAUUGCAAUCUAGUUAUUACAAUCAAAAUAACCUUUUGUAAUAAUAAUUUCAGGUAAUUAAUGGAAAAAUUCAUCGAAUCAUUUCUGAUUGUCUGGUAAUUUACAAGGGAUUUUAUGCUUCUUGAAUUUUAGAUACAUUAUCACUAAUUACCCAACAAGAUGUCUUUGAAAUGCAUAGGACCUACGAUAUUUCUUCACAAUAACAUCGUCCAUUUUGAUCGUUAUUCCUUAUAUGUUUAAUUCAAACCACAAGAAAAUUAAUUUUACCUGGAAUAUGUGACAAAUGUGAAUUUCGUUUGUUACAAAUCAGCAGAUAAUUAUUAUAAAAAGUGGAAUGAAACUCCGCCCACAUUCAUGUGAGCCCGAACUGAGCAAUAGCUACACAUGCUCACCUGGUACAGCAUGACCCAAGAUGUCAACAUAAAUCACAAGGUUAAUUGUGGUCGUGUCAGUGAUAGAGGACUUAACUACAUUUCGUUGGUGACAAAACUUAUUUUCUGCAAUAUGCCUGUCUGAUUUUCCAUCAGAUGUAUUUGACAUGCAGAAAAUAACAGCUGUAUCACAGAUAUGUCUCGAGGUCAGUGUUUGGCUGCUGGGCUAUGGUAGUUUCCAUUAUCAAUUGUCUUUGAUUUUCAGUUAGCUGAAAACUAUUGUCAAUGAUGAAAAUGAAAAUAAAUUACUGUAAGGGUUUUUUUUUAUUCCCAGAAAACAUAAUUUUAAAACAUGAAUAUCGUAGACCCUAUGACUUUUAAGUGUAUAUUCAGUUAUUUUAAAUCAUUUUAUGCAGAACUAAAAUAUAGAGUAAGGGAAACAACUCUAACAUUUUUCUUGGUGCACUGUAGGUCUGCUGGAGACUUAUUACUCCCGAACGCAUUGGUAUACCCUAUCAUUGUAAUGUUAUGUGAUAUGAAGUUUUUAUAUGAAAUUAUAUACUUGUUUAAGGAUUUCUAAGGGGUUUCUCUAUAUAAAAAUUCGA